UUUUCUGGAACGGCACAGAUCCCUCCCCACCGGGGACCGGGCCACGAUAAGUGCAAGCCGGGGACGCCGGGAUCCCUUCCCGAGGCUCUGCUUUUCCGCGGUGCAAGUGAGCCGCGCGUGGGGGGGAAAUCCGGCGAGAAGUCGCGCGUGGGUGAGCUGAUGCCUGCUUGCUUGCGUGCGUGCGGCUACUGUCAUCCCCGCCCGGUCCCCGGUCUUCCCUUAUAAGCAGCGGGCGGCUGUGGGAAAUCAGCUGGGCCGAAGCAUCGCCAGAGGCCACCAUGCCGACCAUGCCGACACCUUGCCUGCCGCCGGCCCUCGCCCAGCGGCUGCUGCUGCUGCUGGGCGCUUGCGUUUCUCUCCCUGCCGCCGCCGCCGCUGCUCUCCACUUCCAGGAAGGGCAGAGCUGUCAUAAGCCUUUGCCGCGCAAGCUCGCCGGCCUCCGAACCUACCCUCGUCCUCAUGAAUAUUUGGAUGUCUCAAAUCUGCCCAAGAGUUGGGACUGGAGAAAUAGAGAUGGAGUCAAUUAUGCGAGUGCCACUCGAAACCAGCACAUUCCCCAAUACUGUGGAUCAUGCUGGGCUUAUGGCAGCACCAGUGCUCUGGCAGAUCGUAUCAACAUCAAGAAGAAAGGCGCCUGGCCUUCUGCUUACCUCUCAGUUCAGAAUGUCAUUGAUUGCGCCCAGGCAGGGAGCUGUCAUGGUGGAGACCACAUGGGCGUAUGGGCGUAUGCUCACCAGCAUGGCAUCCCUGAUGAGACCUGCAACAACUACCAGGCAAAAGACCAAAAGUGCAAGAAAUUUAACCAAUGUGGAACGUGUACCACCUUUGGGGAAUGCCACGUGAUAAAAAAUUACACCCUCUGGAAAGUGGGAGAUUAUGGAACUCUCAGCGGCCGAGAGAAAAUGAAGGCGGAAAUCUAUGCAAAUGGACCCAUCAGUUGUGGGAUCAUGGCCACUUCUAAACUGGAUGCAUACACUGGAGGCCUGUAUGAAGAAUUCAGGAUCUUGCCUAUAAUAAACCACAUCGUCUCUGUUGCUGGUUGGGGGAUAGAAAAUGGAACAGAGUAUUGGAUUGUCCGGAACUCUUGGGGAGACCCCUGGGGAGAACGUGGCUGGUUUCGGAUUGUGACCAGCGGAUACAAAGAUGGAAAAGGAAAAUAUUACAACUUGGCUUUGGAAGAAGAGUGUGCUUAUGGAGACCCAAUACUCCUUUGAAUUUGCCUCUGCACUUUCUUUGACUGGUGCUUUUGGAGACUUUGAUAUAAAAGAAACUAUCCUGCAAAAUGAGCUCUUCUUAAGAAAGAAGCAGUGCUAUUGAGUAGCAUUUGCUGAUGGAAUAUCACCACAAUUCAAGUUUUCUUUUCAUUGAUAAAUAAAGAUAAAGGCUUCUCCCGUCCAGUUGUGUCGGACUCUA